AUGUCAAAUAUUGCGAGCGGCAGCAGGAGUGCGUACAGUCGGAACCUUUCACCGGGACAACUUCCUGGCUUGUCACAGUUGCAUUCCAAUAGGCACGACAAUUACGAGUAUGGUGGCUCGAGCCGCUCUAUUCAUGGUCGCAGUCGAGCUAGCACGGCUAGACCAGAGGGCUUUGCAUGCCUACCGCCGUCCGAUCACGCUCAAGAUGACGCAUACAUUGACCUUUUCUCAUCGGCGCAGUCUUCAAUUGAUCUCUCCCAGCUUGCGCACCGUACCAGCCCUGACGAGGCGGAAGUUGAUGAUCGUGCAGGAAGCAGAGCAGGGCAAAUCCGCAAAGGCGCAGUCGAAAAUGUAGUAUUGCUGGCUGCUGAAGUCAGCGAAGACGCCAACGAGAGCACCGGAAGCCGGCCACUCAAAUCGGACAAUACUGACAAGAUGAAAAAGCAAGACUCGUCGAAGAAAUCUGACGAGAUUCUUACUGCCAUCACGGGGCUUCAAAAGAAGCUGUCAAUAAUGGGGAGGAAGAUCGAAGGGGCAGCUUCCAGACAGGACAUUGAGCAAGAGGCAGCAAAGAUGGAGCUGCGCUUCAACGAGGUGCUUCGGGCGCUCAAGGGUAGCGCUUGCAGCAUGUCCAAGCUAGAAAGGCAACACGCCCAGCUUCAAGCCACGGUGGGCUCCCUGGCGCCUAAGCUCGAAACUAUCGUAGAACACAUGCAGCGAAAUCAACUCGAUUUUGCUCGUCUAUCGAAAGUUUUGGCAGCUAGUAGUGGCCGUGGAGCUGCUCUGCAAGACAACGCUUCGAAGACGCUGAAGGAGGUGUCGACAAAGAGCACAAAGACAAACCUCGACAUCAACAAAAAGCCGACAAGUACAAACAGGUCUGCACCAGGUGCAAAUAUGAGCGAGAGCGGGACAACCAAAGCAAGGUCACCCAAUUCGUCAAAAGCUGCAACCAAGAAGAAAAAGGUGGUUAAUGAGCAACCCACCAACAAGGAGGUCAUCACUGUCGAGCCUCCCUCUGACGUACAGCCGCAAUCCUCAGGGGAGCAUGACGUCGAAGCUUCCCAAGUCGAUGUGCGCCUGUAUGAAGUCCUCGGAAGCCUCGAUUCAUCCAACCGAUCCCAUUCGGCGGCUUCUCAGGCUCUUGCUCCUCCUGCCAAUCAGGCUCAAGCACGAGACUUCUUUUUGCGAGGUACCAUAUCUAGAUCCCCCGCAAUAGAGCCAAGUCUUAGCCUACCAGUCUCGGAUAUGACGGCAUCGAGCAGGGUCGGUUCGGACAUACAGGACGAGGUAGGGGACGAGCCAUCGCUGUUCGCCCAGGUCUCGUCCUCAAACAAGGAUUGGAAGGCCACGCCGGGCUACGAAAAAGACGAUGACGAAAUUGAAGUGCUUCUCCAAGCUCCGGUCAAGAACGACCGUCUGAAACGCAAAGAAAAGGAGAUGCAAGAGGAGAUGUUGCUCAAGCUCUCCCAGGAGGGAAGAAGGAUAACGCGCUCGACUGCGCAUGACGCAGAGAAGCUUGGUAUGGCUGUCCUUGUCAAGCAAGAAGAGCGGGACAUCGACGAGGUGAUGGAGUCCAUGAAAGUCAACACGACUUAUGCAGGCAGGGCAAAAGGAAAGACGAAGGUCAAGAGGGAGUACCACGAAGUGGAAGCAAAGCUCAAUCCUACAGCCAAGCGCAAGCGAUCCAAAGUGAGUGAGGAUCUGGCAGUCUUCCCUUCAGCACAAGUCGGCUGA